AUGUCAGCAAAAGGAUCUGAUCCUGCUCAUAUUGAAAAGGAUGAAUUAUUUGAAGUUGCAACUAAUUUUUGGAAUAUCCGAGUUAGUUUUAAAAUGCUUGCUGGUUUAGUUGAUCUUGGUUCUCAUAUGUCAUUGAUUCGAUUAAAUAAUGGAAAUUUUCUUGUUAUUGAUACAGUUAUUUUAACAGAUCAUACACGAGCUGAGAUUAAUCGUUUGACAGAUAAUGGAGCAAAAAUUGAAGCUGUUAUUGGUGUACAUCCAUUUCAUACAUUAGCAUUUCCUGCAUUUUAUGAAGCAUAUCCAAAUGCAAAAUAUUAUGGUACACCAAGACAUAUAAGACGACUUACAACGAUACCAUGGGCUGGUUCACUUGAUGAUUGUAAUAUAAGAAAAAAAUGGGAACCUGAAAUUGAAAUGAGAAUACCGGCUGGUGCGGAAUUUGUUAAUCCAUUACCUGAAUCAAGUAAUCAUUUUGUAAGUGUUUUUGUAUUUCAUCGACCAUCACGUACAUUACAUGUUGAUGAUACAAUUAUUUAUGGAGAUCAUCCAGGUUUUCUACUUAAAUUAACCGGUUUUAAACAUGGUACAAUGGCUUUUCAACCAUCAAUAAAAGGUGCUGGAUUAUAUCCAACAGCUGAAGCACCGUUUGAAUUUCGUGAUUGGAUGAAAACAUUGUUAAAUGAUUGGCCUUUUGAUAAUAUUUGUUGUGCACAUAGUGGAAUUAAAAUUGGUGGAGCACAUGAACAAGUUAUUGAAUUAGUUAAUACAGCUGACGCAUUAUUUAAUAAAUUAAGUGAAAAGAAUCGAAAGAAAAAUCCAAAUAGUGAAAUACCAGCUGGAAAUCAUCCAAAUAUGAAUGUUAGUGGAGAUGAAUGUGGUUAA